GUCACCUCUGAACAGUUAGUUGGUCUGCCAGUUCCCAGCCCAUCCGCCGUGCAAUAGCCGGCGCCACAGCAAGCUUUGCCCCUCCCUGCUUGGCUUUGUGCUGUCCGCCUUGAGCUGCCCGUGCGAGCGUCGGGUGCUCUUUGUCCGCUUCAAGCACAACUGAGCAACCCCCCCAAGAACCACGUUGACCCCUCCACCACCUCCACCACCACCGUGGACCGGAGACGGGAUCCUCCAAUCUACACCUCGAACUGCCGACCGCUCUUCUCGGCCAUGACGACGUUGCUGCCCGUCGACCGCGACGACGAGCCGGACAGCGCUUCAACAUCGAGCAUGUCGCCCUCGACGCUCGACCUCUUGGUCCUCACGUUCAACUGCGCCAAGAACCUGAUUAACCCGGGCGUCUUUGCCACACACCUGGCGUCGGCGUUUGGGCACAACGCGACGGAGUUGCCCGACUUGGUGGUCUUCUCGCUGCAGGAGAUUGCCCCUCUGAGCCAGGCUUUCAUCGGCGACUACUUCCUCAACCCCUACGUGGCCCGGUUCGACGAGGCCAUUAACCUAGCGGCGGCGCUGCAACAACAGCCGCAACAAGACGUGGUGUCGGUGACGCCGACAGAAGGGGGCACGAGCAACGAGAGACGGUACACGCUCGCACGGGCGCACAAUGUCGGGUACACGGCGAUCCUGCUGUUCGCGAGGGACCCCGCCCGCAUUAGGGAUCUGCAAGAGGCGGAGGUGGGCUUUGGCGCGGCAGAGAUGGGCAACAAGGGCGCCGUCGGCCUGCGAGCGCUGUACGACGCCGGCAAGGAGGGCGACGAAGCGCAGACGACGGAGCUGACGUUUGUGGCGACGCACCUGGCCGCCAUGGAGUGGAACCUGCCGCGGCGCAACGCCAACUGGGCGGCCAUCAUGAGGGGUCUGACGUUUGACAACCCGGAGGCGGUGGUGCAGCGGAUGCGCGGCCGCGAGGGCACGUCGUCGUCGUCGUCGGCGGCGGCGGCGGCGGCGGCGGCGGGGAGCUCGUCCGAAGACGAGGCCGACGACGAAGGGCAAGGAGAGGAGUCGGAGCGGCACCGCCUGUUGCACGACCACCACCACCGACGACACCUCGAGCUGCAGCGGCAGCUGCACGACAUCUCCGUCUUCAAGCCCUCGUCGCACCUGUUCGUGGCGGGGGACCUCAACUACCGCAUCUCGACGGUGUCGCCGGAGCCCAACGCCGCCUUCCCGAGCCUCGACCCGGCGUCGGAGCACUACUACCCGACCUUCUUCCCGCUGGACCAGCUGACGCGCGAGCGCGCCGCGGGGCGGACCAUGCAUGGCCUGACGGAGCACGAGGUGCGCUUCCCGCCGACGUACAAGUACGACAUCCAGGGCGGACACCACGACGGCGGCGACGAUGAAGACGACGACGCCCCCGUGCCGUGGACGUUUGCGCCGCACCGGUACCCCAGCUGGACGGACCGCGUGCUGUACCUGGACCUCCCGCCGUGGGUCAAGACCGGCGACGGUGAUGCGACGCCGCGGAUGCGCGUCCGCGGGUACGAUGCGCUGCCCGUGGUGCGCACCAGCGACCACCGCGCCGUGUUCCUGCGCGUCGACGUGCCGCUCAUCCCGCCCUCGCGCCUCGCGCCACCCGAGACGCGGUCCCCGGUGAGGGGCAGCGAGGACAGUGCGGACGCGGACGCGACCGUGAGGGCGACGGACCCGCGCGUGCGCCUGCCCGUGGAGAUUGACCCGGAGGCGUGGGAGCGGCGCAAGGCGGCGCGGCAGAAGGAGAAGCUGCUCGGCUGGAGCAUGUUCCUCUGGAGCACGCGCGAGGGCGCGCUCGUGCUUGCGACGCUGCUGGUCGCCGGCGUGGGCGGGUACUGGAUGUACAAGUGGGCGUAGGAGGGAGGGCGGUGCCGUUUCUACUUCCCUACGUCUCUCUUCCCCCCUCACUUGGCCGGUCGUGUUUGUCAUCGUGGCUUUUUUUCUUUUUCCCGUCAUCAUGUUGGUUUUCCGGCGCUCCAUAUCUGCUACGCGCGCGGCUUUUCAGCGCGGUGCGUUUCGGCGCCGUCUUUUGCAUUCAACCUGCGAGUUAGUUCUUUUUUGUUUCUGCCUCAUGGCGGUCACGAUGGAGUUCUCGAUUGGAAAGACAGAUGGCGAAUGUGAUGUGACGGGGGUGGAAGCGGUGUGUCUUUGUAAUUCCCCCUUGUUUUUGUGGCGUCUACAUGCUGGCUAUAGCGUAGAGAGGAGAGAGAGGGACACGCACGCUGUCUAGAACGAAAGACGAGAAGGAGAAGAGGAGGCAGUUCGCACGAAGGGGAAACCACCGCGGAGGACGGUUAUAAUUGUAGAGUAGGCGAGCAGACAGACAGACAGACAGACGGGUCGUCUCACGUCCCAGGAGAGGAGUCUCGUCGGGGGGUUCAAGUUUAGUAUUAGAGGAGAAGGGGGAGGGGAUGAGCUACACAUGAACGAAAGCAUGGACUUGAUACUCUUAGUUUGGGGGUAGAGGUCGGAGCGCAAACAUGAUAAGACGCCAUGAUGAGCAUGAUGAACGGGACGUAGUUCCCUACGUAGAUAAUGUAGAAGACUCCCCCCCCACCCCAAAUCUCCCCUCGCCUC